GCUGCACGCCCUCCCUCACUAUAUCUCAUCAACGGCCUCCAGGAACAUCUCCCUCAGUGUGUAGAGCCUCUCGAUGGCCCGCCUUUCGGCUGCGGUGAGGUCCUUAUGCCAGAAGUCGAUGUGCAGCACGUGCCUCUCGUCGUCUGUGGGGUUGAAUGUCUCGUGCUGAAAGGUCGUGUCAUAAACCAAGGCCCUCCCCGGCUGCCAGUGCCGCUUCUCCGCACCCACACGUAUCCACGCAGGAUAAUGGCCGCCGUCCUCGCUCGUCGGCACGAGCACACCAAGCUGCAGCGACACACACAUACACACACACACACAGACAGUGUGGUGUGCAUGGCGUGGAGUGGCACUCUGAGCUUCUCGCUGGACCUGGGUGGUCAGCAUGAGGUUGUUGCCGUCGACGUGUAAUGGGAUCCCUGAGUGCGGUUUCUGCCGGUUGAAGCCAACGCAUAUGCGCUGGGCGACGGGGAUGCUCUCCAGGAGGCGGGCCAGGGUGGGGCACAGGUACAAGGGGAAGCCGUCGACAGGGCGGCCGUUGCGCCACAGCUGUAAAGAAGACCACCCACUGCAGCAAAACGAACCAACGAACGAACAACACACCGCCUGAAGUGAGUAAGUUGAGCGACGGUCGGUCCCAUUGUCGACCUUUCAUAGUUGAUGCCUGUGACGCUGUCGUGCCUCUGCCCGGCCUCAAGGAGAGCGAGGUACUCCUCCCUGAUUUUGGGAUAAGCGCUCUCCAGCUCUUUGAUCCAUGGGAACUCGUCAGCCUCCCAGAAGGGCUGUGCCGUCAGGCCAGGGAAGUACGAGUGCAUCUUGCCCCUGUAGGGCUCCACAUACACAUCCUUCGGCACCUCCCUGAGACCCCUCUGCACACACACACACGCACACACACACACAUACAUGCGCCCUUCUGUUGGCCACGUGUGUGUCAUUCCAUUCUUGCCUGCAUCUCCACAAACAGUCUGAAUCGCUUCAGCUCUUUGGCCGCAAACUCCAGUGCCAGUGCCUUGUCCAUAAAAGACCAGAACUGGUCCUCUAUCGCAUCAUUGUCCCCUUCAAGCAGCAGGGCGCUCUUGGUGCGCUUGAUGGCCUUCCUCAUCAGCGAGUCGAUCUGGUUGUCCACCGAGGCCGGGCUGGGAGCGACAGGCACGCCGAAACCGACAGAUCUCAUCCUCAGCUGAUGCAGCCGGAGAUGGACUUGAAGAGAGCGUUGUUGAUCCAUCCGGGUGACAGAUGCGGGCCAUUUGCGCAGCAGGAAGCCUUUGCAUUGCCUGAAUGCAGCGAUGCCCAGCAGGAGCGCCAAAAACAACAGCAUUUUG